CCGAGCUUUCCUGCACGGAUAAUGGACUCAUCCUCGGUGAGCAGGAACUGGAAGGUGGUCCUGAAACAUCAGGAUCAAGAGUUGACAGAAACAGCACCAACUGGUUACCUCUGGACUCCACAGAUGUGGGACAUGUGGCCGAAUACCUCCCAUCCUCAGAGUCUGGUAAUGACAAGAGUUUUGCUGCACUAAGGACUGAUGAAAGUGCAGGGACCAUGUCCGGGCAGGGGACUUCAGAGACUAAAAGUGGCACAGCCCCCCCUGGCCCCAGUCCAGCACCUGCAAACAAAGCACGCAAGACCACGCCCAGACCUGCUGUCAGUCAGAUGAAAGAGUCUUUUGACAGGAUAGUAGAAGAAAUGACCAGGAUAAAAAUGGUGAGAAAUGUUGCGCUCCAGCCGGAAACCCCCCCAAAGGAGACCACUAUACAAAACCAGCUACCUGCCUCUGAUCCACAAGUGAAGUCAGCCCAGAGAAAGAAGAGGAAGAUGGGAAAGCAUUGCCUUAUGCCCAAUGAGAAAUUACAUGGGACAGCACAGAAAACCCUCCUGGAAAUGUUUGACAAAGUCAAAUUGUCACCAGACAGCCCAGAGCCUUCAGACGAAGAAAAUAUAGAUGGGAUGAGAGUAGCAAACAAGUCUCAGGAUGACAAGUUGGUGAAGAUUGAGUCCGAGGACGAGGAGGGCCAGGACACCUCAGACCAAAGUACAUCUGAAUCCAUCUCUCAGAUGGGAGAUGAGCAAGACUCACAUGAUUCACGUGAAGAGGUUGAAGAGGAAGGAACUGACUCAGACUCGAGCUCGGUAUCCAUUUCAAUAAGGAGAGUAAAAAAGAAAUCAAGGAAAGACAUGGGCUGGUUCAUUCCAUCCAGGAAAAUUAAAAGCAAGACAGAUGUCACAGACAUGUCUAGGCCAGCAGUAGAGGCGGAUCCUGUGCAAGAGCUCCCACUCUGCAGCUGCCGAAUGGAGACCCCAAAGAGUCGAGAGAUUUUUGUCCUGGCAGAUGGGAAGUGUAUGGCCCUGGAGAGUGCUGACGGACAACUGACCCGAUGCCAUGGUGCCGUCGUAAAACACGAGAUGAUGCGUCCGUCCAACUCCGUUCAGCUGUUGGUCCUGUGUGAGGACCAUUGGAACGGCAUGGUUAAGCACCAAUGCUGCCCUGGCUGUGGCUUAUUCUGCAGAGCUGGGACUUUCAUGGAAUGCCAGCCAGACAUCGGUAUUUCUCACCGCUUCCAUCGUGCUUGUGCCUCGGUGCUGAAAGGCCAGAGCUUCUGUCCCCACUGCGGAGAAGAGGUCAGCAAGGCCAAGGAAGUCACCAUCGCCAAGACCACACUCGAGUCCUCUGAGGGCAGGGUAGAUACCACUACUGACAGCUCAUCUUGUAUACCUGUAGCUGCUGAAUUCAGUGGUAAGGCAGAUAGUUCAUUGCCUGUUCGUUCUGGACACGGGAUCGACGACUCUGCCAUUCCUGGGGGGUCCAGAUCAGAAGUACCACCACUGGCUGGGACAGGGGUUGCAUUGCCAUCUAUAGCCCCUACAGGACUACCUAAAGAAACGCUGAACAGCAUUCUUGUAGCCCUUGAUACAGAGAAGCCCAAGAAACUACGUUUCCACCCAAGGCAGCUUUAUAUUUCAGCGAAACAGGGAGAACUCAAGAAGGUCAUAAUGAUGCUGAUCGAUGGCAUAGACCCGAACUUCAAAAUGGAAACCCAUGAUAAACGCAGUCCCCUACAUGCUGCUGCUGAGGCAGGCCACCUUGAGAUCUGCCACGUCCUUCUACAAGCUGGUGCAAACUUGAACAUGUGUGAUUCUGAUGAGCACACACCACUUAUGGAUGCCUGUGAGAACAACCACCCCGAGGUGGUCGUCUACCUACUGAGAGCAGGAGCCAGUGUCACACAUAAGGAUAUUGAAGGGUUUACAUGUCUCCACCUAGCGGCAAAGUGUGGGCACUACACGAUCGUUGAGACGCUUCUCUCAAGUGGACUCGUCGACAUCAAUUGCCAGGAUGACGGUGGUUGGACAGCCAUGAUCUGGGCUACAGAGUACAAGCACAUAGACCAGGUUAAGCUGCUUCUCUUUAAAGGGGCGGACGCUGACAUCAGGGACAAGGAGGAAAACACAUGCCUUCACUGGGCAACCUUCUCUGGCUGUGUGGAGAUUGCCGAGUUGCUCAUAGACGCUCACUGCGAUCUGCAAGCUGUCAACAUCCAUGGAGACUCCCCUUUACACGUUGCUGCACGGGAAAACCAUCUGGAUUGUGUCAAGAUCCUGCUGUCUCGAGGGGCGGACCUCUUCAUCAAGAACCGUGACGGAGACUGUCCUUCAGACAUCUGCAACUUCAGCUCUCGGGUCUGGCGAGUCAUGAACGCCACUAUGAGGGAACGGGAUGCGAAAAAUCUCAAACCCACGAAGAAGCAAGAAAAGCUCCUACACCGCGACAUAAGUAGCGGGCAUGAGAGGGUCCCAAUUCCCUGUGUGAACUCUGUGGACAGUGAACCUUAUCCAAAGAACUACAAAUACAUCCCCGAGUGCUGUGUCACCUCCCCUAUGAACAUUGACAGGAACAUCACACACUUACAGUACUGCGUGUGCGAGGAUAAAUGUUUGGCAAGUAUCUGCAUGUGUGGACAACUCAGCCUGCGCUGUUGGUAUGACAAGAAGGGUUGUCUGUUACCUGAAUACUACAGACAGGAUUCUCCCUAUUUAUUUGAGUGUAACCACGCUUGUUCCUGUUGGAAGACGUGCAAGAACCGUGUUGUACAGAACGGACUGAGGAUUAGGCUCCAGCUCUUCAGGACCAGCAAGAAAGGUUGGGGUGUCCGGACGCUGCAAGACAUCCCCAUGGGGGCGUUUAUAUGCGAGUAUGUGGGCGAGAUCAUCCCAGAGCAGGAAAUGAGAAUGAGGCAAAAUGACAACUACCUCUUUGGCCUGAGCAAUAAGGUAGUAGAACACAAAGAUGAGUACUUCAUUGAUGCCUGUUUCUAUGGAAACAUCAGCCGGUUCAUCAACCACAGUUGCGAGCCCAACAUAUUUACCUGUCGAGUCUUCACAACACACCAAGACAUUCGUUUCCCACACAUCGCCUUCUUCUCUUACCGUAAAAUCAAGGCUGGAGAGGAGCUGGGAUUUAACUACGGUGAAGAGUUCUGGAAUAUCAAAGGGAAGACGAUCUCCUGUGAAUGCGGCUCCAAAAAUUGCCUGUAUUCAUCAUCAGCCAUGACUAUGCUCCAAGCUGACAGCACACCCGAGGACCAGCAGCAGCCCAGCGCAUUGCCUGAACCUGACCCUGAACCUUCAAGUCCUUUCUAAUUUCUGCACCAGCUAACCUCCACACCACUCCUCGCCGCCAAAUCCCACCCCUCAAAAAUGAAACAACUUCUGGGCCUGCUGAGGACCAUCUCCAUUCUCUUUGAACUCUACAGCCUUUACCAAUGGCUCUGUUUCUUCUGUUUCGAGUGAAACUGUAGUUAAUGGCCACGCCCGUAUUUGCAUAUGCAACUGGUCGUUGGUUUCGGUCAUUAUGCCACUGUAUUGUUUUUAGGGUGGGGAUAGCUGCAGUCAGUUUAGGUCAAAGAGGUCACUUUUGCCCCUUUUCCACUACAUGGUACCGGCUCAACUCGACUUGACUUUUUCAUUUUCCAUUACUGGAAAGUACCGGCAUUUUGGUAACCGUUACCACUUUUCUGGCACCACCUUUGUCAGAGUUCCAAAAAAACUGGAGCAGGUACCAAAAUCAAUGCAGACCAGCUACACUGAGGGGGUACUGUUACGGUAAUGGAAAACGACACUCUGCGAGUUGAGUCGAGCCGGUACCAAUUCAACCUUUUUUGAUUUUCUCACCUGGAUUAUUGAGCAUGCAUCAAGACAAUCCAGCAAAAUGAGCUGAAUUCAUUUUAUUGAUUUGGCUGACCCUUGGUUAAAGGCAUGUUUAGGGUAGUACUCACGUCAUAACUCAGCUGUGGCGGAAUUGAUUGAAGCCUAAUUAAGUUGGGUGGGGGACAAGCAAAUGGUGCUGACAAAAGGACACUUUUUUUCAUUUUGCAUUACUCGAGUGGAUAGGAUGUAAAGUAAGAGUUUUGAGUUUUUACGUUGUUGUUUUUUUUUUUCCUCCAGUUAACUGUUGGCCUUUUCAAUAUUGUUCAGGAUUUAAUUUUGACAUGAGCCAACCUAUAAUUUCUUUUUUAAAUGUUAGUAAAACAUUUACUCUUGUGCAAAUUCUUAAUAUUCUUGAGUUGGGGGGAAAAAAAGUUACAAAGAAAUGCACUUCCUUUAAUUUGUUACAUAUUUCUGGACCGUGAAGCAUCCGUCUACUUGGUUGUAUCUUUUUCAAUAAAUUUAAUACUAA